UAAUGUUCUCGUGUAAAAGCUCAAAUGCUGAAUGGGAUGGGGUAAACAACUAAACAUCACCCUUUUGAGGGUGAACAAAUUUAAGAGCCCAAUUUGUCCCUCGUGCCAAAGUUUGACACAUCGGCAAAAUCAACCGAGCAUAGUUCUGAAUCUUGAUUCAGCAAUUCAUCAUCAACUGAAUUCCGCCAACGAACCUCCUCUGAAAUUCGAACACGAGCAGCAAUCUGUACGAGGAACACAUAGCAAUUGUUGUUUACCUUCAGAGUUGGAAACUAGCAAUUUUACUCUCCCCACCUCCAAAGAAGAGGCUCAAAUGACUUAGGGUUUACAGUGAAUCACCCACAGCUCAACCUAGAAACCAACGUGAUAAAGCAGGGACAAUGGCAUUUUGGAGCCGAUUCAAGGAAUCUCAGAUCAGGGUCUUGUCAAACGGACUAAAAAGAUUCCAUCUUCAAACACAUAAUCAUGGUCAACUGCAGCAUGGUGGUACCUUGACACAUGCCAUCUGCCUUACGAACAGUCCCAGUCUAACUAACCGCGCGAAUCGGGGCGAGAUUCUUAACAGCGCCAGGUUCUUUGCUGCACCAGUGCAGGCUCAUCAGAAGGAAGAGAAGGACAAAGAUGGAUGUAGAUUGAAUGAGAAGAUUACUGCACCUUUCGUUCGUCUAGUCACUGAUGAAGGUCACACUGUAGUAUCAAGGUUUGAGGCUCUGGAUCGGGCUAAGCAUUGUAAUUUAGAUCUAGUGGAGGUCGAUCGAGCAGCUGAUCCACCUGUCUGCAAGAUUAUGGACUAUCAUAAAGAAACCUAUGUUAAACAUGUAAAGGAUAAAGAAAAAGCUAAGAAGAAGUCUGAUUUGACUUUAAAGAAGGGUGGUUGCAAGGAAGUCCGGUUUCACUGUAAAACUGAACAAAAGGAUCUGAAGACUAAAGCAGAUACAAUUAAGAGAAUGAUGGACAAAGGAUAUCGGGUUAAGUGUAUGGCAGUGGGCAGUGGUUCUGAGAAUGAGAAACUGGGAGAGGUGCUGGCACAUUUUUCUUCCCUGAUAGAAGAUGUUGGGUUAAUAGAGAGCGGUCCCCAUGUGGAAAAGAAGCAGGCAUAUAUUGUCGUCAGGCAUGCCAAGUUUGGGCCAUUAAAGAAGGGUUCACAAAAGAAGACAGCUGCCUCUAAGGUUGGCCUUGCACUUUCAGCUAUUGAUGACGAUCAAGAAUGUGGAGUGGAGGAUACUGAAGCUGUUGGGGAUGAAGAUGGCAGCAUUACAGAAGAUUUGACUGAUGAAGAUGUGGAAGAUACGUUUGACAGGAGGGCUUUCGAUGAGGGUAGAACCGCCAUUAACCAGCCAGUGGAGAGAGAAAACAAUAGGUACAGACGAGAAUCACCACCACCACCCCUACCAGUGACUGCAUCUUCAUCACCUGCGGCGGAGAGAGAAAAUAGGUACAAACGAGAAUCACCACCACCACCACCACCAGUGACUGCAUCUUUAUCGCCUGCAGCGGAGAGAGAAAAUAGGUACAGACGAGAACCGCCACCACCACCAGUGACUACAUCUUCAUCACCUGCAGUAGAAAAUAGGUACAGACGAGAACCGCCACCACCACCAGUGACUGCAUCUUCAUCGCCUGCAGUAGAAAAUAGGUACAGACGAGAACCUCCACCUCCACCGCCACCACCAGUGACUGCAUCUUCAUCACCUGCAGUAGAAAAUAGGUACCAAAGGGAGACCACACCACCACCAGUGACUGCAUCUUCAUCACCUGCAGUUGAAAAUAGGUACAGAAGGGAGACCACUCCGCCGCCACCACCGUCAUGGCGAGCAGCACCUUCUGUUGUGGGAGAAAAUAGGACUAAUUAUAACAGAAGAGAACCACCACCACUGCCACCCCCAGCCCCACAAUUUAAAAUGAAUCCUUCCCUGCAUCCACCUCCAAGAAGCUCAUCAGAUUCCAAUUUCUUGAAUACUAAUAAUAGGUCUUCUCCAUCAGGUGGUACUCAUAGUAGAUCUCCACCCUCAGAUUAUAGUACCUUCAAUAUCCCAAAAGCUGAAAAUGCUCCUGCAGAAGGGAAUGUAGCAGGAGUUUAUAAUAGAUACAAGAAAGAAAAUAGGGGUAGUUCUGCAAGAUAUUCAACGGACCCUUAAAAGGCAGGGAAAGUGAUUACACUUAUUUGUUAACUGUGGAAACUCAACAAUGGAUUGCUGAGGUCUCUUCCAUUUGAGAAGAUCAGAAAAUGCGGUUUAGAAAUUUGUUAAUAAUUGAUUCUCUUAUCAUGUCCUAAAAUAAUUGUGCCGCUUAUACUACAUUGAUUUACGAUUUGUUUUGAUGUACUUGCUUCUUCAUUUUAUUUGCGUUUCACAAUUU